GUGUUAAAAAAUCUGCAAUACUUGUGGAUAUUAAACGGGUAUACAGAAAACUCGUACUUUUAUAUCAUCCGGAUAAGAAUGUGAAUAAACCAAUUAAAGAACAACAAGAAGCUGAACAUAAAUUUAAACAAAUUCAAGAAGCAUAUGAUUAUAUUAUUGUUAAUCAUAAAGAACCAAAACCAAAAAAGAAAAGAACUUCAACUAAAAAGAAAAACCCACCUCAAACGAAAAAACCUUGUCAAUCAAAAACUCAAACAAAAAAACAAACAAAAACUCAAACGAUAAUAAAAGAGGAACUUAAAGAGUUACUUAAAAAAAAUAUUGUAAAAAUUGAUGAAAAAAAGUUAAAGGA